UAAUAAAAAAAAAUUGUGAGCUAAAGGAAUGAGGCCUUUGCAAAUAUAAAUAUUUUUUUUCGAAAAUGGCGCCAAUUAUAAUUGGCUUCUUUUGUCUUUCCUGUUAAACGACGUCGUAGGGGGUAUAUUAGACCAAGAUUCCUGUACGGCAGUCGGCCGUCGUCGUUAUUCUUCAUCAUCUACAUUGUGUGCAACGUGAUCCGGGUUUUGGAGCGCUGUAAAUCCCAUUCCUCUACUCCCAUCCGCCAUGGAUUCUCUCGGAAGACUACAAGACUGCCACCACUUACCGUCGUUUUCAAGACCACUUUCGUCACUUAGCUUCAGAACCCGACUGUCGGUACCGUCGUCGUCGUCUAAAUCAUCAUCCAGAGCAUUUCCCUCGUUCCAAUCGUCCUCCUUUGACUCAGUUUUCCGAACUCCGCAACGGCCCAGAUCCUCACUUCCCCUAAUUCUAGACCCUAUUUCCUCAUCCAUCCUCAAAACCACCAGCGUUACUCUUACCGCGGCCGCCGCUUUGUUUUUCAUGCGGUUUUGCGGAAAACCUGCUAUUGCAGCCCCCAUUCCUCCGCCUACGGUGGAUUCGGUGAAGGAAUCGAUGAAAGACGAAGGUUCUCGUGGAGAGAAAGAGACGGUACUUGAAGAAGAAUUGGUGAACGAUUCUGUUGAAGCUCUUCGAUCGCUCAUUGAGGUAAAAGUUAAGGCUCGGAAGUUUCCUGAAGCUAUUAAAAUUCUAGACCGUUUAAUAGAACUUGAGCCCAAUGAUUUAGAAUGGCUAGUGUUGAAGGCCAACGUUUAUAGUCAUGUGGGUAACUCUGAAUUAGCGAGAAAUGAGUUUCAGAAGAUUUUAGAGAAGGAUCCUUUUCAAGUUGAGGCUUAUCAUGGGCUUGUUAUGUUAACAGAAACAUCAGAUAUUGAUUCAUUGAAGGCGAUUCUGAACAGGGUUGAAGAAGCAUUGGAACAUUGCAAAAAACAUAAAGGCAAGUCUGAGGAAAGGGAUUUUAAGCUCUUGAUAGCUCAGAUUAAAGUUAUGGAAGGAAGUUACUCUGAAGCUUUGAAAGAUUACCAGGAACUUAAGAGGGAAGAACCAAGGGAUUUUAGGCCAUACUUGUGUCAGGGAAUUCUUUAUACCCUGCUUAAGAGGAAUGAUGAGGCCGAGAAGCAAUUUGAGAUAUUUCGAAGACUUGUUCCAAAGAACCACCCUUAUAAAGAAUAUUUUGAUGAAAACAUGUUUGCAGCCAAGCAUUUCGUACAGCAGAUUGAGAGGGAUGCAGCCGCUUCGAAUAAUUGAUUGUCUUUUUAUAAUAUCUUCAUGACUUUCUGGUUCUGUAACCGAUGGUUUUGUUGCUUAAAAACUGUCAUGGUUAGUUGAAAUUAAGAGAUGAAAGGUAAAUAUGUUGUUAUUCCCAUUUUAGGGAGCUUGAUGAAUGUAGCUGUUUAGCUGAAGUUGCUCUUUGGAUCCCAUUUUUACAUUGCACAUGCCUUGGUGCAUUGAAUUUCAUGUCUAAUCGUAGUACACUUCGAUAAGUUUCUGCAAGAAAUGUAUAACCUGAAAUAAAUGACUGUGCUUUGGACUGAGUUAGAUAAGUUUCUGGCUUGUUCAAAGGAGAAACAUUUUGUAAGUUUGGACUUUGAAUUUCUUUCUUAAAUCUUAACUAGCUGGACAUUGGAAUCGGCUUCUGCAUUGUAUCUUCUCUCUAACAGGGUGACGGAUGAAGAUUAUGCAUUGUAUCUUUUCAUUAUUGCAAAUUGUAAUAUCAUUCACUUGAUUGAUUUUUAGGCCUUUAGUUCUGAUCAAUAAAAGGAUGGUGGUAGUUCUGUUUU